AUGGGCAAUUGUGUUUCAAAAGACGAACAAAGACAACGAAGUAAUGCCAUCAAUCAACUUAUUAAAGAAGACGAAAAGAAACUAAAAAGCGAGGUGAAAUUACUUUUAUUGGGAGCAGGAGAGUCAGGAAAAAGCACCAUCCUAAAACAAAUGCGACUAAUUCACGCAACUGGCUUCAGUGCGGUUGAACGUGAAACCUAUCGGUCAAUAGUAUUCACGAAUAUAAUGCAAUCAAUGAGACUUGUAUUAGAAGCAAUGGAAUAUUUUCGGAUACCCUUAGGAGAUAAAAAUAAUAUGUCGUAUCUUCCUUUAUUUAAUGAUUCACCAGAUAUCACGGAAGGUAAUCCUUUUCCAAGCAUAUAUCUUGAUCCUCUGAAAUCACUCUGGGCUGAUAGUGGAGUACAACAAUGUUAUGAAAAAGGAAAUCAAUACGCGCUACACGAUAAUAUGAAUUAUUUUUUCGAAUCAUUAGAUCGCGUGUUUGCGUCUGAGUAUAUGCCAAAUGAUCAAGAUAUUUUGAGAUGUCGGAUGAAAACUACUGGAAUUGUAGAGACAACGUUCCAUUUGGGACCAUUGACAUAUCGAAUGUUUGAUGUGGGUGGACAACGAUCUGAACGGAAAAAAUGGAUUCAUUGUUUUGAAGAUGUUACAGCGGUCUUAUUUUUAGUUGCAAUUAGUGGAUAUGAUCAAUGUUUAGUCGAGGAUAAAGAUGCCAAUCAGAUGCAAGAAGCAUUAAUGCUGUUCGACUCUAUAUGUAAUUCACAAUGGUUCACAAAUACUUCGAUGAUUCUAUUCCUAAACAAAAUCGAUAUAUUCAAAGAAAAAAUUCGUGUUUCCCCUAUUAAUAAAUAUUUUCCGGAUUAUCAAGGACAAAAUAAUAAUUUCAAGCAGACGUCACAGUAUUUCAAACGACGAUUUCAACGGUUAAAUCGUAGUGAGUUAAAAGAAGUAUAUUCUCAUUUCACUGACGCUACUGAUACAAAUUUACUGCGACAUAUAAUGAAUAGUGUUACUGACAUUAUAUUGACUCAAAAUCUAAGAGAUUUAGCUAUAUAA